AUGUGCACCAGUGAUGCCAACAGCCGCGGGCCAAUCUCGCAGCUGCAGGAGUUCGUGCAGGAGGAGGGCAAGCUGUUCCGGAUGCCCGCCAAGUGCUGCGUCCUGCAGUGGGAGUUCGGCACGCGGAUGGUCGGCAGCAACCUGGAGUUCCGCGCCACGGUGGCCUUCGUCUUGGCCGGCCUGCCCCACCACGUCGCCGGCGUGUGGAUGCCAUCCAAGAAGAAGGCGCAGCGCGACGCGGCAGAGCGCGCGAUCGGGCUGUACAUGGCCUCGGGGCGCGGCGGGCCCGUCUUCGACGUCAUCAAGCAGCUCGAGAAGGGCCCGUCCUCGGGCAGGUCCACGCCGAGGACGGAGGAGGACGGCUGGGCAACGCCUUCGCGGAGCGCGUCGGUGAGCUCCACGCCGAAGACGGCGCCCUGCGUGGGCUGGGCGACCCCUGUGCGGGCCGCAUCGAGCUGCUGGGCAGAUUGGAGCGACCUGGAGCUCGACCCAGAGGACGGCAUGCAGACCGAGGUGGACAUCCUCAGGGACCACUGCCUUCAGAAGGGCAGCCCGCCGCCUGUGUGCAGCCGCAAAUUCGACGAGGCCGACGGGACGUGCCAGGCCUUCGUGGAGAUUAAGCUGCAGGGCGUGUCGCACACGUUCUCCGGACAGCGGUGCGCCGACGAGGGCAUGGCCGAGGUCGACGUGGCGAAGCGGGUGCUGUGGUACCUGCAGGCCCCUGGGCUGGAGGACGCCUUCGAGCCCGACUGGGACUUCGCGCGCGCCGUGGCGCAGGAGAUCCCCGAGCCGGCGACGACCAGAUGGGCCAAGGACAACCGCGACGACGAGACCGAGGUCCAGAUUGCCGAGCAGGUCGCGGAGCGCAAGACGACGGUCAUGCGGGUCCAGAACAGACUGCAGCAGCUUUUCGCCAAGCAGAUCGAGACCGGCUCCACCGUCUGGCAUUGGUCCUACAUGAGGGACAACCGCGACAAGCAAUGGCCGGCGCGCUAUCGCGCUGUGGUGAGGGUACCGCUCGUCAGCCAGAGCUUCUCCUCUGACUGGAUCCGGGGGCAGAAAGAAGCCCAGAUCGACGCGUGCGAGAAGCUCCUCGAGUUCCUGGAGGCUCAGUUCCCCAAGUAA